AUGGCAAACAUUGCUCCACGAAUAGAAAAUGACGAAGACCUCGAAGAUGUCAAACCCACCACCGUUGCCUUCUCUUUCCACGAGCUCCCUGGCGAGCCCGAACCACCGCAACAACCGCAGCCCCCUCCUCGUCGUUCUCCCGAGAUGAACUCAAAAAUCCCACCUGAAGGUGCUCCGGACCACCACGAACCUCCCCCCGACGUCCAUUACUCUCUGCUCGUCGGCCCGAAAACCUUUUUCGCCCAGGAGAGAACGUUUCUCCACUGGAUGCACGUUUGUGUGCUAGUCGGAGGCUUGGUUUUGUUCAAGUUCGACAAGAAGAACGUGCUAUCGAUUUCUCCAGCAGCUCUACCACCAGAGGACUACAGUGUUGGAGAUGACAAAAUAAAUGGGAGCAACGUCAUCUUCAACGGCAGAAGUUCAUCCAGUUCAUCUUUCAGUUUUGUCGGCAGCAAAGUUUCUGCUUCUGCCGCGAAUCUUUUCGCGUUUUGCCUUUUGCUCAUCACCUUGUGCUUCACGGUUUGGAUGUACGUGAUGCACCGACGGCGAAUGGCGGUGCUGCAGACAGCGAGUAGUAAUACGGGCACGGAAUUUCGGGAAAUCAAAUUUUUCCUCGGAUUCGGUGUCUUCUUGACGGUGGUCAUGGUGUAUGCUGUUGUAAGAGCGUAUUGACGAUUUGAAAUGCAGCGAAUUUGUGUUGCUUAUUCUUAUUCAGAUUUUGCAAUCAGGAUCAUAAUUAUCAAGAAAGAACGAACGACAAAAUGAAUUUCGCAAGAGAAGUAGGUCCAGUGUUGGCGCAG